CACCGAGCAGUUUGUAGUGAGAGCAAUUGUAUGGUUUUAUAUCCUAGUAUUUGUCAAAAUUUCGUAAGUUCAUAAAAGUAUUGUGUAUAUUUCGAAGAUUUUCAACAGAUCGAAAGCAUCCAGUUUAAAAAUAUUGGAAAACGGCAAUUCAAUCCGGAAGAAAACCAGUGAACCCAAUCGAAACCCGUGAAAUCCUCCCAGUGAAAAGAACCAUUAAACAUUUUAAUUGAUUGCAUUGUCAACAGAGCAACGAGAGGUUGUCCUUUUCCCCCCUCAAAUCUGUCGACGAAUUAGCAACAAAAAUAUAAACAUCAAACGAAUCGCCAAAGCCGGAAGAAGAUCCCUGCUCGGAGACAGUGAAACCACAGCUCUCGAGCGACUCGAAGUGCCCGGAAAGGGGGAAGAAAGAUUUUAAGAGUCUUCUAAUAGCCUGUGGAAAAUUGAUAUCCGUUCGUCUCGUCCGUACAUUGUCAUUCGGGUGUUAUUUUAACGGCAGGACAAAUAGAGAGUCCUUGAAGAGGACGAAGACGUACGGAGUGGGGGAAAUAAGUGAUGGCCAGGUAUAAAACGAGGUACGAGAACGCAACGGACCCCGCCAGGCAGACGCAAACAAUGUUGGACUGGGACAUUGACAUCUUCAACCUGGACAUUGGUGAUCAAGCAUUGGACAUUGGAUCCCUCAUAUCGGACGACUCCAUAUUCGGCACAUUGUUUCAAUCCGGCGACAUAAACGAGCACCUGGAGCAAACAUCAUUCUCAUCAUCGUCCUUGUCGUCAUCGCCGUCGUCGUCGUCAGACUUUGGGACCACAGCAUCACUAACGACUUACCCUUCGUCACCGUCGCCAUUGCUGUUUCAAUUGGACACGUUUACCCAGCAGCAGCACCAACAACCGACAGUGCUGAAACCGCACAAAUGCACAUUGUUCAACGAUGACAAGUUGAGUGACCUGGAUUCGGGAAUUUCAAGCGGCGCUUCUGUGGACUGCGAGGAGUUGGAUUGUGAGGCAUCGCCCUCGGAAGAGUCAACUAACGGUAGCGAUGCUGAAAAUGAUGAACCCGAGUUCAGACCGUUCAAUUGCUCCGAAUGUGGCAAAAGCUACACCCGGAAGCUGUACCUAAUGCGACAUUAUGUCCAGCAUACCCGGGAGCAGCCCUAUCGGUGUGAGGUGUGCGACAAAAGCUUUGCCUACGCGAGUUCACUGUCCACACACAGAAAGCAACACCUGGUCAGCCACGAGUUUAGGUGUGAAAUUUGCAGUCGAACUUUCCCCUCGGAGGAUCUGUUGGUGGCCCACAAAACGGCCGCACAUUACAGCGAUCGGCCAUUCAAGUGUAAGCUUUGCAAAAAGACGUUCGUUCUGCAGCAUGCAUACAAAAAUCACAAGAGAUGGCAUCAGCAGUUCAACCCUUACAAAUGCAUGGUGUGCGAUAAGCAGUUUAUGAAGAAAAUCAGUUUGAAGUGUCACCUGAGGGUACACACGGGUGAAAAACCAUUUUCUUGUGAUAUCUGCAAUAAAAGUUUCACUUUGUCCUCCACGCUGUCAUCCCAUAAGAAGCUACACGGUGAAAAGCCCGCUCUGCAGUGUGAAACAUGCGGUAGAGUUUUCACCCAAGCUAGCGCUCUUUCAACACACAAGCAUCUGCACACGGAAACUCGGCCCCACAGUUGUGACCUCUGUGGCAAACGAUUUAUAAGAUUACACGCCCUGAAAAUCCACAUUCGAACCCACUCCAAUGAGCGACCCUACCGAUGCGAUACCUGUCCGAAAACUUUCUCCGAGAAGCAUGUUUUGAUUAGGCAUCUCAAGACACAUACCAACGAGCGGCCAUACAGCUGUGACACCUGUGGGAAGGCAUUCAAGGAGAAGUACGAUCUCUUGCGGCACGUUCUCAUCCAUUCCGGCGUAAGGCCCCACAAAUGUGACGUGUGCUCGAAAACUUUUGUGCAGUCUAACGCCUUGACCAAACAUCGGAGGAGACACGCGCGGGUUGAGACGGUGGCUGACAAGGAGAUGACUGUUACAGUAAUGGAAGAUAGGUGCGAUACUCCACUCAGUACGCAAAUGCUGGAUGGUGAGGUGUUAGAUACAUAAAACCUGUUGAGAUUUGAUUUCAUUGAAAAUAGUCGCAAGGUUUGUAAAAAUAAAAGACGACACAUGCAGUG